AUGACUGGGGAUUCACCAAUAGAAUUUGUCGUUUCCGGUCAAAAUGGUAUGGAAUACAUCGAUAUGAAAAAUUCACUAGUUUACUCUAAAAUAAAGAUAACAAAGGCAGAUGGAUCUGCUAUAAGCACAACCGAAGAUAUAGGACCCGUCAAUUUUUUGUUACCUGCCCUAUUUUCACAAGUAGACGUUACACUUCAAGGGAGAACGGUAGUCUCUACCACAAGUAAUUAUGCCUAUAAGGCAUACAUUCAGACAUUAUUGAAAUAUGGAACUGAUGCUAAAACAUCCCAGCUGACGACUCAGUUAUGGAACAAAGAUACCGAUGGGGAGAUGAACGAUACAGACGUGAGGACUGGUAAUAACUUAGCUUUGCUGGAAAGAGCUGAACUAUUCGAGGGUGGUAAAAGUGUCGAUUUAGAAGGUCCCAUAUUUCACGAUCUAUUCAGGAUGGAUAGAUACCUACUUAAUCAAGUCAACGUAAACGUGAAGAUGUACAGAUCAAAGCCUGAAUUUUGUCUAUUGUCCGGAACACAGACUCCAGACUACAAGAUUGAAUUUGAAGAUAUUAGACUACGCAUCGCUAAAGUCAAGGUUAACCCUGCCGUCAUCUAUGCUCAAAGUCAAGCCCUAACUACUACUACAGCAAAAUAUCCAUUUACGGAGACUGUACUAAAACACAUCACCCUCCCAGCUGGAGGUACCAGUUUUACGUACGACAACAUAUUUCAGGGAAUGAGACCAAAUUUCGUAACAAUUGGAUUUGUCGAUGCAACUGCUAUCACGGGAGCCUACGAUCAAAACCCAUGGUUCUUCCAACCAUUCAACUUAACAUCCAUUGGUCUCUAUGUGGACGGAAUACCCGUAGGAGGUAACACCAUAAAAAUCGAUUACAAUGCCACCACCGGCCAGACCACCAUUCCAGUUCUCAGGAACAUGUUUAAAACGACUGGAAGAUGGUUAUACGAUUGUGGAUUGGAAAUAAAUAGGGAGAGCAUCUCAAAUGGUUAUUCCCUCUACUCAUUCAACUUGGAGCCGAUAUUUCAAGGAAGUCAAUAUCUUACCUUGCUGAAACAGGGAAACGUCAGAUUGGAGGUCACAUUCGGAAGUACACUACCAAAAACCAUCAGCUGUAUCGUCUAUGCCGAGUAUCCUGGCUAUUGUGAAAUCAACGCUGCAAGAGAUAUUUUAAAACCAUGA